AUGCCAGGAACUUGAAUCCUGAUGCCUUUUGACGAACCUGUUGACCAAUCGAAGCUUUACUACUAGGAAGUUGAUACCAUGAGUUGACAUAUUUUCGACCCAAUUCCUUACAUCGUUCUCUCCCUUCAAAUUGACUACAGGUUGCGUACCCAGCUUGUCGCAACCCAGUGUCAUUCCACCCUAGUCGGUAGCCAUGCAGUCCACCAUGCGACUUACAUUAUGUAGUCGUGGAAUCCACACCUCUUCCGUCCGACACCUCCAUACAUCAUGUUCCAAAAGGGCGGCUAUCCCCUCACCCAAAAAUGCCCCCAAGCGGUCGCCCUCCAAACUCCCUUCCCCUCCGAUUCCCUCGCGUCGACCUCCGUCCCCUGCCAGCCGGCUGAAAAACGAAGAUGUAGCGAAGGACCAUUAUGCGCAAAAACUGCUAAGUGCUGGCACUACGAUUCUGUAUCGAGCUCCAUCACAUGCUGGAAUGCUCUGUGCGUCGUACUUCUUUGGCGCCUCUGGUAUCGGCAUGGCGUUGGCCAUGACCUAUCUAGACGAUGCCUGGCGAGUCGACAAGAAUCCGAGUCUGAAUAACAAAGUGAAGCUGGCUUGGAAAGUGGGAAUCGCUUUCUGUGCCAUGGCAGGAGGUCUGUCACUUGUGAGACCGCUUCACAUGGUCCGAUCCAUUGACCUCAUAUCACGGCAAGGCUCUCCCAAAUUGCUGCUACAAGUCCGUCGCCCUUUACCAUUUCUGGCUCCGAGACAGUAUACUGUUGCUCCUUUUGCGGUCAAUGCAGAAAACACAUUUGUUCGACCGAUUGAAGAACCCAAGUUCAUUGCAGACACCAGUCCAACUUCCAAUCCUUUUAUCUUGGUCGCGCGAGCGUUCAGCAAGGCCGCCUUUUACGUAUUUAUCAGUGUUCGCAAAUUCGCGAGCCAGGAUGGAAUUAUGAAAAUCAAUUUUGAACACCAAGGGAAGAAGAGAUCAUGUCAGUUGGACACGAGUGGUAAAUUCUUGCAUAGUGGAAAUGAGUUGGUUUUCUUGUUGAAUCGAGAACCAGACUUUUGAGCUUCGAGAGUUUGCAACCAAGUCCCGCACUGCCUCGCUUUGGCCUGCGCCCCUUCUCUACCGGUUUUGUUCAUUGCGUCCUGGCCAAGAUCUCACUCUGGAUACUAGCACUCGCCUUGGACGAGCAAGUCGAAAUUUCGCUAAUAUGAUAUACUGGACGAGGCCACACAAGACGAGAAUGGGAUACUCUAUUGGAACAGUGUCGUCGAAUUAGCUGAGCAAGGCUUAGCCGUGUACUAUCACUGGAGGUGUACUGAAGAAUUCCAAGGGUUUGUCCAGAGCAGAGACGCCAGUUUGGUUGUUGCCGCGAGGCAGUCUCGCCCAUGGUCCGAAAGGAAUCCGAAAGAGGGGGAUCUGAUCGCUCGAUUUGAGACUACCCGAAAUAUUGUACUCUCCCACAUUUCAGGACACGCUGUCCCAGCGGGUCAAAUCAUC